ACAAGUUAAAAUAGAAUGAAACUCUCUUCACAGAAGAAAAGAAAAGAAAAAAAAAAAAAACAAUGCUAUAGAUAAGAUCACAAACCGCAAUUUAAGGUUAGGAAACUAACCAAUGCCACAAAUCCGAUAACAGACUUUUGAAUCGGACCCAGCCUUCUCUCUGAUCCCGGUCUCUCUCGCUCUUCUCUGUCUCACUGUUCUCCCUCCUUCCCCCUCUCUCAUGGCACUCUCCCAUUCCUGGAUCACCAACGCCAUUAAUGGGGGAGCCAACAAAAGCUGUAUCAAGAGAACAGCAGCGUCCGUCAGCAGUAGCAGCAUCCUCCUCCUCCUCCUCCUCCACUCAGACCACCACAGUACCUCCGGCGCCACCGCCGCCACUUCCCAGUCCGAUCUCAAACUCGACCCUCCUCCAGCCCUCCAUUAAAAAGAAACACAAAACCAAAGUCUUCUGCGUCUUCAGAUCCGUCCUCCGAUCCUUCCCCAUCAUCACACCGACGGCAUGCAAAAUGCCGCACCUCCCCGGCGGCAGGCUUGACGCCAGCAGCACGGUUACUUCCGGUGUCCGAGUCAGCGGCACGCUGUUCGGGUACCGGAAGGGCCGGGUGUGCCUGUCGAUACAGGAAAGCUCUAAUACUCUCCCCAGCUUCAUUGUGGAGCUAGCCAUGCAAACCAACGUGCUGCAGAAGGAGAUGAGCUCAGGGAUGGUGAGAAUCGCUCUCGAAUGCGAGAAGAGAGGGGACAAAGACAAGACGAGGCUUAUGGACGAGCCGGUAUGGACUAUGUUUUGCAAUGGGAAGAAGACGGGUUAUGCGGUUAAGAGGGAGGCUACGGAGGAGGACUUGAAUGUCAUGGAGCUGCUCAAGGCUGUGACUAUGGGAGCGGGCGUGUUGCCCGGGAAGUCCGACGUCGAGGGCCCGGAUGGCGAAAUGGCGUACAUGCGAGCCCUCUUCGAGCGGGUUGUAGGCUCGAAGGACUCCGAAACCUUGUAUAUGUUGAGUCCCGAAGGGAAUAAUGGCCCUGAGCUCAGUAUUUUCUUUGUAAGGAUUUGAUGACAACCUAGGGAAGGGAAAAGGAUAGAAUUAAUUGUUGGCAUGCAUAAGAGUUAGGGU